CCCGGAAGCGCGGCGGCUCCCGGAGCCCCGGAGCGGCCUCCGCUCUCCCCGGCCGAGGGGGUCUCCGUGGCAGCGGCAGCGCCUCCCUGCCGCUCCACGCGGCCUCCUGAGCGGCUCCGGCUCGCCCGGCGCUUCACGGUAUCCCGGAUCCAUCAACGAUGAAGUGACUUCGUUCUCUGCACAGAGCACACUGUCAAGAAGCACCAAAACCUUUAGAAUAACAUCUGCUCAAUACAAUUCCCUGUAUUGCCCUUUCCCGUUUGUGGGAGAAGAGCCAUGAAGAACCGUUCCUCAUCUCCCCCUUUGCACGUCCAUGUGGAUGAAAACACCCCUGUCCAUGUCCAUAUUAAAAAGGGUCAGAAAACCACCCCUUCGAAAUACCAGCAAAAGCACAAACAGAAAACAAAAGGGGAUGCCAUGAACACAUACCGAGCCACCCGGAUGAAAACUAAGGCCCCCUGGGUGCCCCCAGGCAAAACAUCCAUUCGGGCAUCCACCCCCAAAUGGGAGGGGCCAACUCACCGCCUAGAAAUUACACCUCCAGAUUCUGAAAAACUGCACUUAAUAUCACGCCUGAGUGACCUCUCUACAGAUGAGGAGGACGCUAUUUGUUGCAAAAUGAACAAAUAUGAGAAGGAGAUAGGCAGCCUGAUGAAUGCGGUGGGAAAGCUGAAGAAUGAGGCCAAGCUGCAGAAAAAGGAGGAGGAGCAGCAAAUCACAAAGCGUCUCCUUGAGGAGCAGAAAGAAGAACUGAAUGAGGUCACACAAGAGCUGGUAGAAACAGAACAUGAGAAUACGCUGCUCAGGCGCAAUAUUGAGCGCAUAAGGGAGGAGAAAGAUCUGACUGUGCUACAGAAAAAGUGCUUGCAGCGGGAGAAGCAGUGUUUGAUGUCCAAGCUGAAUGAGGCGGAAAGGGAUGGAGCAGCAGCAGCCAGGGAGAUCCAUGCCCUGAAAAAUACAAUUGGGAGACUCAACGUUGAGAAACACAUGAGCAGCUCAGACAUUAACGCGCUGACAAGACAAAAAGAGCUUCUGCUCCAGAAAUUGAGCACCUUUGAGGAAACCAACCGGACACUGCGAGAACUUCUUAGAGAGCAGCAUAACCGGGAGAAGGAUGCUCAGAAGAUACUGGAGCGGCAAGGAGCACUGCUGCAACGACUGGCGGAUUCAGAUGCAGAGAAAGUGCAACUUCAGAUGAAGCUUCAGGAGAAAGAAAAAGAAGUGGAUGAUCUUACCAUUCAGAUACAGGCAGAAAAGGACCAGGCAAAGUCAGCAUGUGAACUUUCCAAAUCUAUGGAGGUUGUGAAAGGCCGUUUACAAGCACAGCUGCGAAAUAAAGAAGCUGAGAACAACCGUCUGAGUAUCCAGAUACGGAAUCUGGAGCACAGUGAAGCUCAGCAAAAGGCAGAGGUGGAAUGUAUCGCAGAACAACUGAAAGAGCUAAGGCAGAAGGCAGACCGGGAUAAAGAGGCCCUGAAGAAAGCCGUCCGUGCACAGAAAGAGCGGGCAGAGCGGAGUGAGGAGUACGCAGGGAGAUUGUCCAUCCAGCUAACAGAAAAGGACAAUUACAUCGCUGAGGCUCUGUCUACUCUGGAGUCCUGGAGGAGUCGCUACAACAAAGUAGCAAAGGAAAAGGGUGACCUUGAGCUGGAGAUUGUUAAACUGAACAGCCGAGUUGCAGACUUGCUGGAGCAGCAGACAACCCUGGAGGACAAGAUGCGGGAGGACAGAGAAGCUCUGGUGGAUAAACUGCAUCAACAGACUACAGAGGCCACUUCUUUCAAAAUAGAGAAUGAAAAGCUGAAGGCUAAUGUGGUCCCAAUGGAAGAAAAGCUGAACCAGGCACAGAUGGAAGUGCAACAGCUCAAGAGUUCUAUCAGGAACUAUGAAGGAUUGAUUGAAAACUACAAGUCACAGGUGCUGAAGACUCGAAUGGAAGCAGAUGAAAUGGCAGCGAAACUGGAGAAGUGUGAGAAAGAGAAAAAGAUACUAAAGGAUGAAAUGAACAAGGAGAUUGAACUGGCAGGGGUGCAGUUCCAGAGCCAGCUUGCUGAACUGGAAAAGCUGCCUGAGAUCCUAAAGCUCACAGAGACAAAGCUAGCAAAAUGUCAGGACCAGCUUCAGAGUUAUGAGAAGAAGAACAUGGAGCUGUCUGUCAUGGUUGCAGAACUUCGUCAGCAGAUUGAGCUCCAGGGCGACAAAAUGGAGGUGACGAGAGAGAGGUGUCAGUCUGCCCAGGAGGAGAAAAAGCAUCUCACCUUGAAGGUGGAGGAGCUAGAAAGAAAACUAGAGACAACGAGCGCCCAGAACAUAGAAUUCCUUCAGGUCAUAGCAAAACGUGAGGAGUCGAUCCACCAGUGUCAGCUGCGGCUGGAGGAGAAGACCCGUGAGUGUAGCUCCUUGGCACGCCAGCUGGAGAUGGCCAUCGAGGAUGCCAAAAGACAAGUGGAACAGGCUCGAGAACGAGCAGCAUCUAGAGAGAGGGCAGCCCAUUCCAAGCUGUUAGAUUUGGAGACCCAGCUGAGUAGGAAUAAAACAGAGCUGAACCAAAUGCGUCGGAGCAAAGACGAUGCAGAGCGCCAGUAUGAAAGUCGCCUACAGGAUCUGAAGGAUCGGUUGGAGCAGUCGGAGAGCACCAGCCGCAGCAUGCAGAACUAUGUCCAGUUCCUCAAGUCUUCCUAUGCCAACGUUUUCGGAGAAAGUGCCUUGCUGGGCUUUCCCAUCCACUCUCGUUCUUCUCCGUGAGGACAACACUCUCCCUGCAUCUCUGCUUCAAAGCACAAAAGGAGCCCUGUUCCAAAGCCAUAUGUUGUUUAGAAAAUAGGUCGACAUUUCAGGGUCCCUCUUAGAAGUUUUCCACUUUUCCUUGCAGCAUGAGACAAUAAAACGAUGGUGGCACAUAUGCUAAGUGUAGACUACCAGCAAUAGUGGAUUGGUGUUACACCACAAACUGUGCCCCAAAACCAGAUGGUUUUGCAGAUGAUGGGAAAUGUCCUUUCCAUCCUGCAAGGUCCUGAUGGUUUUGACUUAUAAAACCUGUCAGUGGUUUGUGGAGUGUGUUAAUGUUUAUGGGAGCUCUUCCCCUUUUCAUGUUUCUUUAUUCCUUCUGUUUCUUUGUUGGGGAGAUCAUGUAGGGGGAUUAUUUGUGUUUUUUUAAUAUUUUUUUAAACUAUUGAACAUUGUUUUGAUACAUUGAACGGUUGGGAGGUGGGAGAGGGACCACCCACCCACCAGAAGUGUGAAACCGAAAAUAACCUAAGUGCCUGGGCUUUACACUUGCAAGAGAUUUAUCUCCUGAACAACCACAGUGUUCAUGAACAGUUUUAUACCAGAAAUGAUCAUUUGGAUAACUUUGUUUUUACUUGAUUCUUGUAUACUCUCUAAUCUUCACUUUCUUUUCCAAGUGUGAUGCUAAUGUUGCUUUACUCCUCUCACCCGGAUUCUGAAUAUCCCCAGGACUGAGCCAAAACCAUCUGAACUCAAAGGAAAGAUUAUGGUUUAACCUCAGUGGCAUUUCAGCCACGGUCUUGGUGUGAAUGCCAUGUGAAUUCAGGGUGUGCAUGAAAUACUGACUUGUUCUGAAGCCAAUUAAAGAGCAGCUAUGGAUACUCAGCUUCAUCAAACCAGCCUGCACCUUCUGAGAAAGCAGGUCUUCAACAUGUUGAGUCCCUAACACUCACGUGCUCUCAGGUGCCCUGUUCUUUCCAGUAAACGGUUCUUAUGGGGGUGAAAAUAAACAUUGUUUUUAUUUUUCUCUCUCUCGUAUCCUAUUUAUGUGCGAUGUGGUUAUAGGGUGGUAUUAGUCAUCGAGGUUUUGUAAGUUAAUCUUUUUUGGAGACCUCGGGAAUUGUGUGUGUGUUUAAUAAUUUAAAAAUCCUGAAGGUGCUAUGGUCAAACAAACA